UGUACGGGUUCAGAAUAAACAGGAGAGAUCAGAGAUCAGAGAGAGGUGAGAGGGGAUCCGAUCCGAUCUGAUUCUGAUUUAAUUCUGAUUCUGAUCCGGUUUAUGAAUCUAAAUAAAAAGAUCUGAAGGUGAAGCAGCGCUGAUGCCUCGAAUAAAGAGAGCGAGUGAAACUGAAGCUCUAGUGAAGCAGUGGAACAGAAAAGCUGAUAAAACCGGAUUAUUACACACCGUGUACAGCGGUACCGGGGAUCAGUACACCGGGGAGUGGAGCAACAACCUCAGACAUGGUAGGGGUACUCAGGUGUGGAGGAGCGGUGCAGUGGUGUAUGAGGGGGAGUGGAAGUGUGGGGUACGUGAUGGGUCCGGAACUCUCAGCAAACUGCAUCCACCAACCAACCAGCUCAUGAGAGUUUAUACAGGAGAGUGGAGGAACAACAAAAAAGAGGGUUAUGGAACGUAUUUCUACAGCUCAUCAGGCCGGUAUGACGGUCAGUGGGUGGCGGAUUGGCGGAGUGGAUGUGGGAGGAUGUUCUAUGAGAACGGAGACGUGUAUGAAGGAGAGUGGAGGGAUGAUAAAGCACAUGGGCGUGGAACCCUGCAGCUGGCGAAUGGGAACCAGUAUGAGGGCGAGUGGAGGAGCGGGAGGAAGAACGGGCGUGGUCGGUUCCUGUACGUGGACCGAGGGCAGCUGUACGAGGGGCUCUGGGUGGACGAUGUCCCGAAGUGUGGAACCCUGAGUGAUUACGACAGAGAACACGCAGCCGCACCAACACUGUACCCCAUUCCUCAGGUUCUGCUGCAGGAUGUUCAGUCUGUGCUGCAGGAGGGACUCCAACGUUUCUCCACCAAACCAGAGGAAGAAGAAUAAAGUCCUUCAUUCUGUCCA